CGGUGUAGCCGCGAAUCCGAAGUUAGAAAGUAAACUUUUUUCCGGCAAGUUGCACAAGGUUGUGGCUCAACGCUGACAGUAUUUUAUCGUGUGCCUGUGAGUCUAUACGUGCUCUGUGAUUUGUGUACAUUGGAAUUUAACAACGAGCUAAAGCUUGGCGAAGAUGGCUGCGACAAAGUUCUCGCAUCCGUUUCUAUAUGGCUUGAAACCAAUGCCUGAAGGGCAUGAAGAAGAACUCCAAGAAGUAAGAGAGUGGAUGAAAAGCCAACCCCAUCUCCCGCACAUUUCCGACGAGUUCAUUAUCCUGUUUCUCCAUUCCAACUAUUACAAAGUGAAAGAGACCCAGGAAACUAUUGAGUUCUACUUUACCCUCAGAGCAAGCUCGCCAGAUCUCUUCACGAACCGGGAUCCCAUGGUACCGAAGAAUAAGGCUAUCUUGGAUUUGGCACACAUGGUAGCAUUACCGAACCUGACUCCAGAAGGAUACCACAUUCUGCUUUACCGUCUGGCAGACACAGACUACAGCAAACUGUGCUUCGCGGACGCCGUCAGAGUUUUCUGCAUGUUCAAUGAUAUUAAACUGUCUGAAGAUAGACUCUCCGAAGGUUAUGUCGUUAUAUUCGAUAUGAAAGGAUGCAGUCUUGGACAUCUGACCAGAGUCACGUAUCCAGCUUUGAGAACUUUUAUGCAAUACAUUCAGAGCGCGCAUCCUUGCCGUCUGAAGAAGAUCCAUGUUGUUCACACGGUCUCCUUUAUCAACCAAGUUAUGUGUCUAGUCAAGCCCUUAAUUCACUCUAACCUCUUGAAUCUGCUCAACUUCUCUUCAGACGGCCCCGCGUCUGUAGUUGACGUACAAUACCUGCCCGAAGACUACGGUGGUCCUUUACCAAUGGUGAAGAAACUACACGAUGAGCAACGACGGAAUAUGGAGGAGAAUUAUAGAGAUUGGCUGGUCGAGUCUGAGAUCUUUAAAGCUGAUGAAAAGAAGAGAAUAAAGAAGCCUAGUAGAGGCAUCUUUGCUACGUUAACUGGUAGCUUUAAAGGCCUGGAUAUUGAUUGAGAUUGAUGAAAUGUAUGCACAGAUAAAUUAAGCUUCAUAUCAAACACGAUUCUAUUCUUAGAUUAAGGAUUGCUGUUCGCUGCACUGCAACUAGAUACCGCACUUCCUAAGAACAUUAGCUUUUUUUAUUGCGGCAACUUUAUAUUAUAGUGUGUAUUGUCUAUUUGUAAAGAUACUUAUGUGCGUAGUAUUUUGACACUCAUUAGCAUCUUUUAAAUUUUGUAUUAUACGCUUCGUGCUAUUUUACUGAUGAUAUAAUAUGAUCCCAGUGUCGUUCUUAUUUCUUGUAGUAUUAUUUUUACAAAGUUUUACUACGCAAACCCAAUUUUAGUUUCAAUUAUUUAGCAAAUUUUAACUGAACAUGUGGCAAGUGAACGUCACACAUUUUUCGAGACUGGCUUGAGUACGCCCACUUCGACGUAGAAAAAGUUGCCGCACUUUGCGACUACGCCUGCGGGAUCUGCGGUAACCAAUCCUUAAUCUAAGGUUCUAUCAAUAUUUCUAGUAUAGUUUUUCAAAUGUCACUAAUUCAACCAAUUGUUAUAGAUCUCUAUCUAUUUCUGUAUUAUUUUUAUACCAAUGUUUAUUUGUGCAAUAUAAAUGAAACGCGCGCUACGAUUAUUCCACAUGAAUUAGCUCAUUAUUAUUAUUUCAUAUUACAUACAUAUAGAUUAAGCACUUAAAGAUUUUGUACUCUAAAUUGUAAACUCUGUACUAUAGAAAGAUUAAGUAAUGUUAUACUUAACGCAGGAAAUAUAAUAUGGUUCUCGGUAAAAUUUUAAGGUUUAAUACGAAGUUGUUUGUAUGUAGAUAUGUAAAACCAUUGUGUGUGCCUUUGUGUUACAAUUUUUUAUGUUUUAUGUCAUAGAUAAACUUUGUUCGCCUAGAGAGGAUAAAAUAGCGUAUAAAAAUACUUAAUAAAUUCAUUCCAAAAAGCAUAUUGUCGAUAGAUAACGCGGUCCUUGCGUUUGCCUUUUGGUUGCCUCGUACCAUAAAACUCAGCACGUACGACCGUAAACGACGCCCGUCAUAGAGAUUGCGAUAAUUAUGCGAUAAUUCUAUUCUAUUUACUAUUUCGUGAUUUUUAACCGACUUCAAAAAAGGAGGACGUUCUCAAUUGGUCUGUUAUGUUCUUUUUUUUAUGUUUGUUACCUUUUACUUUCGACUGGGUGAACCGAUUUUGAUAAUUCUUUUUUUUAAAGCUGGUGCUUCCCAUUUUGUCCAGAUCUGACAAUGGUAUCCAUGAGAAAACCAUAAAAGUCUUAAAUUUGCUAUUCGUAUGUGGAUGAUAAAUUUACGAAUAACUCAAUAUCGCGCCAACCGAUUUCAAUGAUUCUUGUUUUAUUGGAAAGGAUAUAACUUCAAAGGAAGUUUGGUGAGAGUUUGUUUGGGUUCUGAUUAUGGAAUCCAUGACAAUAUUAUAUCUAUUGCUCUGGAAUAGUGUUUUUGAAGAUAUAACGUAUAUUUGUAACAAUUAAUGAAAAUAAUCUUAAAUACUCUUUAUUAUAAUCGACCUAUUUAAUGUUGAGAUUUCAAUUUCAAUUAAUAGAAUAGAUAUUAUUGUUUCUCGUUUGUACUUUUUUUUCCUUGCAGAGCUGAGGUUUUUUAUCAAUAAUAUAUAUUAUUAUACAGUCAUGAACAACUUCAAGUUUUAUUACAAUAUCUAUGUAAGUUACAAUAGUUGGCAGAUCGGAAGACUGUCGUUGCCAAAUUGCUCUUAUGUAGGUUAAACUGUCUGCGAAUAUAAGUAUGUAUUAGGCUCAUGUAUUUCGUAUCCAGAAUCUUAUCAAUACUUGAUUAUAACCAAAAUUAUAUCCGAAGACUACGGACUAGUAAAAAAAGAAGAACUCCGCGCCGUGAUAUUAGCAAGUGAAGCCUUGUGAAACCUUUAUGCUAGUGUGUGUUACGGGGGCUGCCAGCUACAUAAUUUUUUCUCCCUUAAAUAAUCAUAUAUCCAAAAAGAUUUUUAUAGAAUUGUUUUUACACUUUUUCACAACGCACGACGGCAUUUUUAAAUUAUUUUAAUGCGACGCAAACUGAUCUGUCACAGACGAUGGCAAAUCUCAUACUGGCGGUCGAUCGGCUUGUAUUAGUGUAAGUGUGUGCGUGGGGCUUGGUAUUUACACGUUUACCGGUUUGUCUUGGUGCUUUACUGUUAUGUAAGGUGACACGGCGUCUUUCUUUUUUUACUCGUCCGUGCCGAAGAUAUACUGAAUGAGGUUUUCGUUCAACUAAAUUAACGAAAUGAUUGUAUACUGAAAUGAAAUGAAUGGUAGUAGCAGCUAUAAACCAUCUUGAAGGACUGCAGCUCAAUAAAUGAUCACGGACGAUCGUGUGGAUGCUUACACGAUGAUCAAUGAUCAACUUGCCGAUGACAGGCGAUUAUACAAGUAACUCUCAUCGCCGAUAGUGGAGAAGAGGCUUAAGAACACAAUGAUUCGGAAUGACCAGACCAGUUAAAACAAAAACCUAGUCUCGCCAUUAAUACUGAAACAAAGGAAAAAAUUCUAUUGCAAAUAACAUUUACAGCUUUUAUCGUGUGUUAGUUGAAUACAUAAAUAAAAACAAAUUAAAAUAUGAAAAGCUUAUUUGAAGUGGUCUCCAUUGGUUGCAAUAUAGUCCUUUAAACGUUGAGGCCAGUUAUCAGUAGAAGCACGAACUCUUUCCAUGGGAAAAUUAUUCACUGCCAAUCGUACGGUUUGUUUUAGGGACUCCAAAUUAUUACGGCGUUUAGAGUAAGCCGUACUCUCUAAAACUAGCCAAAAAUCAUAAACCAAUUCUUUUAAUUCAAUUAUUUCUCCAAUAUUUUACAAUGUAUUGGCUCAAAAUGAGAAAACCCGAUGAACAAUCAUAUAAAAACGACAGAUUCCAAAUUCAAAUAUAAUAUUUUGUUUAUUUUUAAUUGUAACAGUAUUUAUGGCCAGACUAGUAUAUUGAGGAAACACCUCGUAUAAUAUACCUACAUAAUGUCUGUUUUAUAAUUACAGUUUGAAACAAAAGCAUUAUAUUUUCAAUUAUGUAGAUACUUUUUAUAACAACCUACCGAAGUGUGUUUGUAUCUCACUUAGUUCAUGAUAUAAUAAAACAUAAUUAUCAACUCAUAUUAUUAAAAAAAUUAAAGAUUGUAAUUGUAAAGGUCGUUUUGUGAGACUAGAAAUGAAAUGAAAUGAAAUGAAAUUUUAUUUGCAGGAAACAUUGUACUUAAGGUGUUAACAAUAUAAUGGAUAAUCCAAUAUGUUUCGUCAGUUGACAUGCAAAAUAUGUUACAAAAUUGUCUAAACACUAAUCGCACUGUUAUAUUGAAACAUGUCGGAUUUCACAAUGAUAUCAAUAAUAUUUAUAAAAUGAAAUUUUAAGAUAUUAUAAUAUGAGACGUAAAUAACUUAAUAAUUCAUUUAGUACCUAUGUAUAAUAUUAACAAAUUCAAUGUCAUAAAAGUAUUUUAAUUUACAUAUAUUAUUAUCAAAUAGACUAAUUCAUUUUGUAUUGAAUAAUUCAUUUAAGCUAUAGAAGCACUUAUUUGUUAACCACUGAUGCAGUCUUCUUUUAAAAACUUUGAACGGUAAAUCUUUCAAUUCAUUGGGCAAUUUAUUAUAUAUUUUCACAGACAUGCUGAAACAAUUUCUACUAAAAGAUGCAGUUCUACAGAAGGGCAUUAUGAGUUUAUUUGGAUACCUUGUGUUUAAAACCUUCUGGCUUUUGGCUAGCACACUAUAUCCUAUUUAUUCCAAACAUAUAACAGCAAAUAUUAUUGUGUUUGAAAUUGGAAGUAUUUGCGUUGAACAUGGAAAGCCUUAAAUAGCUUUAUUAUACAAAAUGGCAUAAUAAUAUUAUCAUUUUCGAGAUUGCUUAUAUUCUCCCGAUAUUCUUGUUGAUUCUGUUUUGUGGCUAUAAACAUAAGCAGCUUUAGAUAAAAUGUUACCGAUGAAUAAUAAUUCAUAGAUAUUUUUUUUUAUAAUAUUGUGACCUUAAAUUUAGUAUUUUCGCGUAAUAGACAAACACUCUCCUUAUUACGACGAGACUAAAUUUAAAAUGUUCACGUGCAGUUAUAGUUUUACAGAUGUGUUGGUGAGUUGGUGAAGUGGUAGUAUUUUGCUUUUGGUGAAUCCCUAUGACAAAUAUUGAUAAACGGCGUCAUAUUCACGUACACAUUAUUUAUUUUCUAACACAUUUUUUUAUUAUUAUUAUAAUAUGUUCUACGAAAAUAGGCACCACAAAAUCAGUAUAGAAGAGUCAAUAUUUCACCUGUGAAAUGUUUCUUUUUUUGAUUGUUGCUAUAGAUAACAACACAGUCUAACACAGAACAAUACCAUUAUAUUUUUUUAUUAAAUUAAAAUCCAAUCAAUUUGACAGGAGACUAAUGAACACUAAAUGGUUUGAAAACGGUUUCAUGGUCUUCUUCUAUUCCGUCUCUUUCUAGUUUUUUGUUGCCUAGUUUUUUAUGUAAGGACUAUCUCACUUUCACACAGGGUUCGUCUAUUACGGUAGUAUAAUAAGUUUAUGAUUGUAUAUCGAAUAAAUCGAUUUAAAAUAGUAUAUUUCAUUUUAAUACCCGCGUGAUAAGCGGCCAUCUUAGUGUCAAUGUCAAGUUCAGGCAGACAUUUCAAAAGCGACCAUUCAAAAGUUUGAAAACUGACGUCACGUGACAGGUUCCGUCACUGUGCCAACGCGCGGGGGUUAUAGAAAUAUACUGAAAGGUGUUACUAUAUUAUAAUAUGCAUGAUAAGUCUAAGGCAUUGUAAUUUAUGUUUGUGUUUUGUUUCGGGCUGAUGGCUUCAUUGCCAAAGCCCUAAAUAAAAUAAAAAUAAUAAUCUUUACUGUAAACAAGAGUUAUUUUUUGAUGUUUUUAUAUUUGGGAAUAUUGGACAUUUUUGUAAAAUAGGUAUGUUUGAUAUAUUAUUCAAUAUUUGUACAGUGUGUAGCAAAUACCAAAUUAUAUAUUUUUUUCUAUUUUGUAAAUAAUAAAAUAAAUGUACUCUUUAUUU